CGCUACCAAUCCCGCUUCCCACUCGUUCUCUCGCGCUCUCGUUCUCUAUCCCACUCGUUUUCUCGCACGCUCGUUCCCCGUCCCUCGCACACGCUCGCUCGUUUCUCGUCACUCUCUCGCUCGUCCGCGGUCGCUGGUCCCCUCCACUAUUCGAGCGAACACAAACACCCCGCGCCCGCUCCGCACCAUAUGACGACGACGUGACGGUCACCCCCCACCGCCGAGACCGUUCGUUUGAAAUAUCGCCACACAUACACACACACACACACACACACGCUCGCGCGCGCGCACACACCCAACACACACAUACGCGCACGCACACACACGCAGCGUAGUACACGGUUUUUUUUUGUCCGACCCGUUCCCCCGUUACCGCCGUCAGUACGGUAUACGCUCUCGUGACGUGCGUAACCACGAUACGAUAAACGUUCACAUUUUAUCUCGCGAUACGGUCGCAUUCUGAUUGUGUGCGCGAUCGCGAUUGUAGGUUUAUCAAUAUUUUUUUUUUUCCUUUCCGUAUUGAUAAGUCUCAGUAGCGAACAGUAUCGUUGUUCUUGCGUUUUUCUCCUCACGCCGUUCGUUCGCUCCGCCAUGAAGUGCGUUGCCGCCGCCGUCGUCUACGCCGAUUUCGCGAUGCGUUGCUGACGCGGCCCCUCAGAGUUCGCGGAAGGAACGCGAGCCAACGCCGUCGGUGCGCGCCGCGGCACACGCACCGCCGACGGUGACGACAACGCGUGAGACCUAACACCACCGCAGUGCACGCGCGACACGCCAUGUCGGCGGGGCCGUACGGGACCAUCAUGGACGAGCUGGGCGGCUUCACGGAGGUGCCCAUCUCGUACAGGCACAUCUCGCGGUUCCAGCCGUACCGAGUGCAACCGUACCAGGCGCACGUACAGCCCGUGGCCGCGCGCAAGGUCAAGUCGUCGACGACAGUGGAACGGCGGACCAUGGCCGGCGGAUGUCAGUACGACGAGAACCGGCCCACGCACGUGCACCGGCUAUACCCCGAAAUACUGGCGUUGAUCUUCAGCUACCUGGACGUGCCGGACAAGGGCCGUGCCGCUCAGGUGUGCACCGCGUGGCGCGAGGCCGCUUGGUACAAGUCGGUGUGGCGUGGCGUCGAGGCCAAGAUCGACAUGUGCCGGUCGUCGCAUCCCAUGUACGAGAGCCUCAAGCAGCGCGGCAUCAAGCGCAUCCAAGUGCUGUCCGUCUCACGGUACAAGUGUCUGCGCGAGAUCGUCCAAAACGUGCCCAACCUGGUGUCGCUGAACAUGAGCGGCUGUUACCACAUCAAGGACGAGGACCUGCACCAGAUGUUCCUCGAACACCACCCGAACAUCACCGAACUCAACCUGUCGCUGUGCAAGCAGCUCACCGACGGCGGUCUCAUACGCAUCGCCGACACUUUGCGCGGCCUCACCCGACUCGAAAUCCAGGGCUGCUCGUACAUCACCAACAAGGGUUUCUCGCACAUCGCGCGCAAACUCAAGAAACUCAAGUAUCUCAACUUGCGGUCGUGCUGGCACCUGUCCGACGUCGGUCUGUCGCACAUCAGCGGCGCCAGCAAGGACUCGACCGACGGCAACGCGCAACUCGAGUUCCUGGGACUACAAGACUGCCAGCACAUCACCGAUGAGGGCCUCAAGUAUGUAUCUGAGGGAUUGCGCUCCCUGCGCAGUCUCAACCUGAGCUUCUGCGUCAACAUCACAGACACCGGUCUCAACUAUGUGUCGCGCAUGAACACUCUGGACGAGCUGAACUUGAGUGCGUGCGACAACAUCUCCGAUAUUGGCAUCGGUUACCUGUCCGAAGGUUGUACCAAGUUGGGCAGCCUCAACGUGUCGUUCUGUGAUAAGAUCGGCGACCAGGCACUUCUCCAUGUCUCCCACGGGCUAUACGGCCUGCACACCCUGUCCUUAGGUUCAUGCCAAAUAUCUGAUGAUGGCAUACUGUACAUAUCGAAAUCGCUUCGCAACCUCGAAGUGCUCAAUAUUGGCCAGUGCAACUCAGUCACUGACAAGGGUCUGGAGCAUUUGUCAGAUUCGUGCAAACUGUUGCGGUCCAUAGAUCUGUACGGGUGCACAAAGAUCACCAAAGAAGCCAAAGAGAAGAUUCUAAAAAUGCCCAACAUCAGGAGGGAUACAGUCAAUGAAGACUUGUGGCAGCUUAGAUGACCGAAGGAAUAUUUUGUUUUUUAACAUUUCAAUAUGUGAUAUAUAUUUAUAAUUUAGGUAAGUUAGUAACAUAUUAUGUUUUGUUGAGAAUAUCGGGUUCUGCCAUCAUUUCUAUUUGACAACAUCUAAUUCAUAUAUUAUUAGGUAUUAUUAUUAUUAUCAUGAUUAUUAAUUAUUAUUAUUAUCAUUAUUAUUAUUAUUAUUAUUACCUAUAUUAAUAAACAUUACAUACCUAAUUGAGAAAUUUGUCAUGCUUUCUUGCAGUUUUUAUGUUUUAAUGACAUUAUUUUUCCUUAUGAAUGAAAUUUAAGCAUUUUACUUGAACUUGAAUCAUGUAAAAUCUUGAAUUCAUUUAACAAAAUGUAUUAUCACUAUUAUUAUUUUGAAAAGCUAUAAAUCAUAAAAUCAUUGUUAGUUAAAUAUUCUCAUAGGUCAGGUUCCUUUUCAACUUCAUUUAGUUAAUUCUGUAUUACAAAUUGUACAAUCGUUAUUUCAUUAUGUUUUUAUCUUAAUCUUGACCUUCGAUAACACUCUCCAAAGCUGACAGAUUUUGCAAUUAAACCAUCCAUCGUUGUUGGCUUGUCUAUUAUUUUUUUUUAUUAUAGGUACUAUUCAUUUUACAUUUGAACUAGGUACCUGACUCAUCUUAUUUUGUUAUAAUUCAGAUACUAGUUUCACCCUGUUCCGUUCAAUUACUUACAUUUUGUACAUCAAUGUGAUAAUUUAGUUUAAUGCUCAUCAUGUAAUAAAAAAAAAAUAUAUUAUAUAAAUAAUAUAACAAGGUAGAAAUCUACUAAGUAUUUUAUUAUUAUAAUAAUAUUUUUUUACCCGUUUAUUAUAUUUUUCUUUGUAAUUAAAAUUAUAACCAAUAUUUUUGUUUUGUUUAUAUUUUUAUUAUUAUUAUUAUUCUUUUUUAUUAUUAUAUAUAAGCUCAACAGAGAUCAGACAAUCUAUAUAUUUGAACGUACUUAUAAAGAAAAAAAAUUACCAAUACAUUGUUUAGGUCUCUCUUCUUUUUAUAUAUAAUGUUAUUUUGUUUAACCGCACGUCCACUAUUUGUUGAAUAAAAAUGCUUUUAAUUGUUUGUAUAAUGUUAAAUCUAUAAACGAUAAAAAAAGAAAAAACAUCAACUUAAGACUUACCUAUGUUUGUUUUUUCGUUGCGAAUGAAAUUUAGACUAAACGUUUUUUUGCUCAAUGUGUGAAGCCAAACGGAUUGGUUAUUAUUAUUAUUAUUAUUAUUAUUAUUAUUAUUAUUAUUAUUAUUAUGAUUACCUAUUAUUAAUUUUUAAUUGUGACUUGUGUUCGCGAAAAACUAUACAUAUAGGUAGGUAGGUAAAAAUAAAAAAUAUAAAACAACGUAACAUUACGAGCCUUGACAUUAUUCCUAGUUACCACUCACUAGGUGACCUAGAUGGAAUCCAGAUGAUUAAAACACUGUAGACUAUUGUCAUUAUGAAAAAAAUUUGUAUAUAAAAUAUUUUUGUUAAAAAAUUGAUAUAUAUUUAAGAACAAAAAUUAUACCUAUUAACCAUGGUUUUUAUUUAA